GGAGAGGACUUUGGACAGGGGAGUAGGAUAGGCAAACUCGGACAGGGGAUCCGGUGCCCUCCCUCCCUCCCUCCCUCUCUCUUUCUCGUUCCCCUUUUUUAUUUUUUACCCUAUCGGAUCAUCGGACUCUCUCCCUUCCUGGAAUCUGGAUUUUGUGACCGAAGAAAGAGAAAAAUUAUCUUACCAAAUUCUCUGCUUCAGUAAUUCAAUGGAUUCAGCUUCGACAAUGGAGGUGGGUGCUUCGAGCUCGUGGUCUCGUGCCAUGUUACAGAUCUCACCUUACACUUUCGCCGCCCUUGGCAUCGCCAUCGCUAUCGGCGUCUCCGUUCUCGGCGCUGCUUGGGGGAUUUAUAUAACCGGAAGUAGUUUGAUCGGUGCGGCCAUCAAAGCUCCACGAAUCACUUCCAAGAAUCUCAUUAGUGUGAUCUUCUGUGAAGCUGUUGCUAUUUAUGGUGUUAUCGUGGCAAUUAUUUUACAAACAAAAUUGGAAAGUGUUCCAGCGUCACAGUUAUAUGCCCCUGAAUCUCUCAGAGCAGGUUAUGCUAUCUUUGCCUCUGGGAUUAUUGUGGGUUUCGCCAACCUUGUCUGCGGGCUUUGUGUAGGAAUUAUCGGAAGUAGCUGUGCACUAUCUGAUGCACAAAACUCUUCACUUUUUGUGAAGAUUCUUGUGAUUGAAAUCUUCGGCAGUGCACUAGGGUUGUUUGGGGUGAUAGUGGGGAUAAUUAUGUCUGCUCAAGCAACGUGGCCUGCGGCAGUUUAGUCUGCUGUCUUUGUCAGUGUCUGGCGAUUCAACUGUUGGUGGUGCCAGCUGAUUACUACUGUACACCAAUUUAUGUAUCUUCUCUCUAUUGUCUCAGUUAGUAGUUAUAAGUUCUCGUCUGAUGGAGCAUUAAAUGUUUUGUUUGUUGCCCGUUUCUAAUUUUUAAACUGCUUCUGUUCUAAUGGGAUGUCAUACAUUUGAAGAGGAGAGAUUCGAUAAUGCUGUUGGAAGAUGAGAUAAUGAUGUAUCUCCAACAUUGUGUACUUAA